AUGGGAAACAUGGGGUCGAUUGGUUCAGACAUAAAGGAGCAAUCAAAAAUUGAUUUAUCCUAUAAUGAAGCUUCCAGUUCCCGACCACAAAUUACAAGGAAAAUUAGUCAAUCGAUUCAUUCGAAAAACGCAAA